AUUUAGAUUGAAUGAAUUUCUACCCGUCAUUAAAACCUGACCGCUCUUCUCCUUAACUUUACUUUGUUUAAUUCUUCCAAUUUCUGAAGAAUGAUGACGACAGACUUACUUCAUCAGAUGUAGGUGUAUAAAUACGAACUUUAACUUCCGUCCAAACUAAAGAGACGAGCCAAGCGCUAAAAUGCACCUCGGAGAUUUUACCACACUUUUAUUGUUUUCAUUAUUUUAUUUAAGUUUUGGGUUAGAUAGUUAUGAAGUUGACCGGGAAAUUGCUGAAAUAGAAUCUUUUCAUGAAAAAACCAGUAAUGAUGAAAAGGGCUGUCUCGUGCCUGAAGGAAACAUCGAGUGUGACGCGGGUAUUGUGGACAAGAGUGUGCUAGGUGGAACCCUAUGUUUCUUUGCAGAUGAGGAAGGUCCUGGCAUGAUUUGUGUAGAUGGAGAGUGGAUGGACACAAUCACAGAGCCAAACUCAUUGAGAAAGAAACGGUCUCACUCGAUCUGUAGUACGCAUAGAAGCAGACGGCGAGCCAGGUGGAGAAGGCGACGAAGAAGGAGCCCGUACCAGUCUUGUUCCACGCCUAAUCACCCACCAUACUUUACAAACUGCCCAUCCACCCUGUCAUAUACCACUCCCUCAAAGGAGACAUCUAUGAAGGUAACUUGGACGGUACCCUCAGCUACUGAUCCAGAGAAUGGUCCACGAAGUGUAAUUCAAGAAAGCGGACCAUCAAAUGGUGCAGUGUUGGAAGGUUCAGCGACUGGCACAAUUUACAACGUUUAUUACACUAGCGGGGCGGAUUCUCAAGGUCUAACUGCACAAUGUAAAAUACAAAUAUCUGUCAGAGUAAUUUACUGUUAUACUCCGUCUGCACCAGUAUCUGGAAAUGUCGCCUGUUCGGGAACCAGCUAUGGCCAUUCGUGCACCUAUACCUGCGAGUAUGGAUUCGAGCCGACAGUAUCUAGCAUUCAGUGCCAGUCAAACGGGCAGUGGACAAACGGGGGGUCAUCCGCAUGCACAGGUGUCCCAUGCCCUCAGACGACCCCUACUAUACCGCAUGGAUCGUAUAGCUGCAGCUCCUACACCUAUGGUGCAUUGUGUUACCCUGUUUGUGAUUCAGGAUAUUCUGUAUCUACAUGGUACCUUCUAAAGUGUAAAGCUGAUGGCAACUGGUCUGUCCCAAGUACAGAUGUUUGUAAAGAUUCGGAGCCUCCUGUUCUGUCCGGGUGUCCGUCUGAUAUUGUAGUAGCAGCCGAUAUGGGUAUGACAUCUGCAACAGUCACAUGGGACUUGCCAACAGCUUCCGACAGUCAAGAUACCACUAGUCCAGAAGUAAAGCAAACUGCUGGAUCUAUAUCGCCAGGUUCUAAUGUAGAGAGUGGUGUUGUUCACACAGUAAAAUACGUUGCAUACGAUAACGCCGGAAACCCAUCGGAUGAAUGUUCAUUUAACGUGCAAGUUAAAGUAACUAGAUGUUUGUCCAUUUCCGCACCACAGAAUGGCCAGUACCAGUGUGACAAAGGUUUCAUUUAUGGUAGUCAGUGCUCAUUCUCAUGUUACCAAGGGUAUCUGUUACAAGGCGUUUCAGUGUCAACAUGCGGUCAGGAUGGCACGUGGGACACUACACCACCGCUUUGCGAUGUUCUGGAAUGUAUGCCACCAGAUCAGUACGGGAUGACGAUUUCAAAUGGUUAUUAUUAUUGCCCCUCGCCGAUUACAUAUCAGUCAGUUUGUCAGCCAGUGUGUAAUAGUGGAUUUGAACUAAAACAGUACACAACGGCGUUAUGUACAGUUGAUAAGGAUAACAUCGCUUACUUCAGCAUUAGCGUCCAGCCUGAGUGUUUAGACAAUGAGCCACCUACGUUUGUUGACUGUGGAGGAACAAAAGUUCUAACGUUUUCAGCAGAGAAAGGAAAGACAACUGCAGCAGUCCUGUAUGAUAUUCCAUCAGCUACAGAUAACUAUGAUCCUUCACCUGUGGUCAGAAAAGUUUCAGGACCAAACAGCGGAGAUACCGUAGAUGAAAAAGAUAUAGAAUAUGUUGAAUUUCAAGCCACAGAUGCUGCUGGAAACCCCUCUCUCCGUUGUACUUAUGUACUCGAAGUGGAUGUGACGGAAUGUGAUGCCUACAUUCCACCCUCUAACGGGGAGGUUACAUGCACGGCGGACUAUAUAUAUGGCAGCGAAUGCAACUUGGGUUGUUCAGACGGGUACGAAAACCGUGGCACUUCAUCUGCGGAAUGUUUAGAAAGUGGCUCAUGGUCUGUCUCAACAUUUGAAUGUACAAAAGUACUUUGUUCGUCUGCACCGGUCCCUCCGGAAAAUGGCGUAUACAGAUGUCCUUCCAUUACGUACCCCUAUAACACCAUAUGUUACGCAGACUGUGACGAAGGAUUUACUCUGUCACAAUGGUCCUACGCACGAUGCAAAGCAGACCAGUCUUGGGAAACAUCUUCCACUCCUGACUGCGAAGAUUCAGAACCGCCUGUAUUUACCGACUGUAUCUCCGAGCUAACAGUUAAAGCGGAAAGGGGUUUAGAGAGCGCGGUGGUAAACUGGACAGUACCAUCAGCAACCGAUAACGUUGAUAGUAUUCCAACGGUAACAAAGAUUUCUGGACCAGAACCCGGUGAUCGUAUAGAAGGCGAAGCGACAGUGAAGUACCAGGCUACAGAUCAGGCAGGAAAUCCUGAAAUAUGCACCAUGCAUAUCACUGUUGAAGUUACACAGUGUUCCUCACCUCAGUGGCCAGAAGACGGAAGCAUUACAUGUGACCUGGGAGAUAUAUAUGGCAGCGAAUGUACUUACAUUUGUGAUGAAGGAUAUGACGUAUCACUACCAUCAACAACUGUUUGUGACGAAGAUGGUACUUGGUCGUAUGGUAACCAGCCGCCAUCGUGUACCCCCAUAACAUGUGGUCUUCCUGAAAGUGUACCAAAUGGACAGUUUGUAUGCUUUGACUUUUUGUAUCAGUAUCAGAGCUUAUGUGUACUAGAAUGUUCGAGCGGAUAUUCCACCGACAAAUCAGUUUAUGCAAGAUGUCAGUCCACAGGUGAAUGGGCUGUUUCAGCAAACAGUACUUGCAAGGAUAUCACACCGCCAACUAUUUUGAACUGCAAUACGUAUCAAACAUUUUACGUUGAACGAGGUUUGGACACUGCUCAGCCUACCUGGAUAGUUCCCAUUGCAAUUGACAACGCAGACAGUCAGGGUGAUAUCACUAUAGAGCAGGUGUCAGGUCCUCCUCUUGGUUCGAAUAUAAGUAUCGGGACAACAGUGGUUGACUACAGGGCAGUUGAUACAGCAGGAAAUCCAUCGGUUGUCACAUGUUCAAUAACCAUCAAUGUAGAAGCCGUAUAUUGCAACCAACCGAAGUUUUAUUUUGACGAUACCAACCUGGACUUUAUUUGUACUUCAUAUAAAUGGGGCGACACCUGCAUUCCAUCCUGUCCCCAACAAGCUUCUCUGACGUUGAAAGGACCUGAUGUGAUCACGUGUGAAGCCACGUUCUCUGGUUCUUCACCCUCAACAAGUUGGGAGUUCGAGGGUAGUAUCCAACCAUACUGUGAGGCCGAGGUCUGUCCAAGGAACCUGAGUGCCCCACAAAAUGGCGGGCUUACAUCCACAAAUGAUGCUCAACCGAUUGUUUUUGUGCAUUGUAACGAGAAUUUUGACUUGCCCUAUCAGUUUAAUGGACAGAUUUUCUGUCUUGAUUCAGGAUUAUGGAAUCCAGACACGGUCCCGGACUGCACACGAACUCGCCGGCCUGGGUUAAACCUGCUCCCAGUGGAGUACUAUUACUCGGGUGAUUGCAGUUCCCAAUCCACAGAAGAUGCUAUAAAAGACCAAGUCUUGGUACUGCUCCAAGAUUUUAUUGGUACAGCCGUAGCACCUGAUUGUCUAGCUGGCUCUACAUGUGGAUAUGAUGAUCUAACUGUGGAAUGUGGCGCCACCCGAAGGAAAAGAAGGAAAAAAGAUACAUACGAAGACCGGAGAAAAAGACAGGUGUCUUCUGUGCGCGUUGGAAUUUCACUGAUUGUCACCGGUCCUGUUUCAAAUUUUGAUGAACUUCUUAUGUAUGAAGAUGAACUGUUUCGGAUAUCCGAUAAUUUAGAAUCUGCCGUUACUGUUGACGGUACCUUUAACUUAAAUGGGUACGACGUGAUUCCGGGUACUUAUAAAAGGGACGAUUAUUCACAAAUCAAGUGUGAGGGAAGCGGUCAAGUCGGAGAAGGUUUUAAAUGUAAAUCGUGUGCUGCCGGCAUGUACCUUGCCGAAAUCAAUGGAGUAAAAAGCUGUGCGGAGUGUCCUGUUGGCACAUAUAUGGAUUCUGAUGGUGCUACAAUGUGUAUAAGUUGCCCUGAUGGAACAAGUACAAGUGGCACCGGCGCUAAAUCUGCUGAUAUGUGUGUUGAACUUUGCCCAGUUGGUUAUUCAUCAUUGACGGCAGUUCAACCAUGUACUCCAUGCCUCAUCGGGUACUAUCAGGAUGUUGUUGGACAGACUGCGUGCCGGAAAUGCGAAUUUGGAAAAACUACUUUCGGAAUAGGAUCAUCAAAUUGCUCGUAUUAUGACAUAAUUCUGAAUGAGCAGAAUUCUCAACAAGUUGCUGUUCCUUUGAAUACAAGUACAGCCUUGGACACAAUCAGUGUCCUUCUCUGGAUUCUGAGAAGCAAUGGAUCUCGUCUUGAUAUUCGUUUUGAAAGCGAUGUUAAUAUUUCUAUCUCGGAAGAUUUUCUCAUAUCCUGGAAUGGGGUAUCUAUGGACAUGCCUUUACCGUACUCUUCGUCUAACAAGUGGAUCCAUCUUGCUGUUGUAAUUACCAGCACAACGUUCAGUGUAUAUUUCGAUGGCGAAGUUCUGAUUACACAGCCAGUUGUUUCACCAGUAUCAAUACCCGCGAACGCAAUUGCUGAAUUGAUCUACGACGGUGAAACUGAUGUGCAUCUGACUUCGUUGGCACUGUACAGUCACGUGCUGACGGAUGCAGAAAUAGCAAGCCACCGAACUUCCUGCGAAUAUGACAUAUCAGCAGCCGACUUUACCUCUGACGAUUUUGUCAAGGCAAAUGGUGGACUUUUAACUGAACCUUCUUCUUGUUUAGCGAUUGACUACUGUGCUGAUGAUCCUUGUGGUUCACACUUGUGCACACCAACAACGUCAGGCUUCCUUUGCACGUGCGCUGGAGGUUUCCAGGGAACAACCUGUGAAAUCGCACCUGACAAUUGCAAUCAGAAUGAAUGUCAAAAUGGAGCAACGUGUGUCAGUAGCAGCAAAAAUUACACCUGUGUAUGCCCGCCUGGCUAUCGAGGACAUUUCUGUCAAAAUCCGCCAAUAAAUGGUGGCUGGAGUUCUUGGUCAAGCUGGGGAGUGUGUAAUGUAACUUGUGAUGGAGGCGUCAGACAGAGGUCAAGGGCCUGUGAUAACCCGAGUCCUGGGCAGUAUGGAUCACAGUGUGUUGGAGAUAUGAUAGAAGAGUUACAAUGCAACACCGAACCAUGUAGCACAACAAGUCCGUGUUUAAGCAAUCCAUGUAGUGAACACAGGUGUUUGGAGACCCCAGAUGGUUUUAUAUGUAAAUGUAAUUCCGGAUACACUGGAGAUCUGUGUCAGACUCAGAUUGACCACUGUGAAUCAAACCCGUGCCAAAACGAAGGCUCGUGCGAAAAUGGUCUUGGCAACUUUACUUGUAUUUGUCCAGAGAAGUUUGGCGGAGAGAUAUGCGAUGAAGCUGAGGACGGACCGUCCUACUGGACAUCUUGGUCGCAAUGUACGGUGACAUGCAAUGGUGGUGUUUCCAGCAGGACACGUGUCUGUUCACAGAAUCACACUUGUUCUGACCAGUCAGAAACAAGAUUAUGCAAUAAUGUAUCGUGCAUAGUUGACAAUUGUCAGACAGCACCCUGCGGAACCAGUCAAUGUAUAUCUAGUGAAGAAGGUUUUACCUGCGUAUGUAAUAAUGGUUUUACUGGUAGUACAUGUGAUACGCACAUAGAUUUUUGUGAACAGAACAAUUGUGAGAAUGGGCAGUGUAACAAUACAGAAUCAGGAUAUACUUGUAUCUGUGAUGAGGGAUACAAUGGGGACCUCUGUAAUAUUCAUCCGCAAGAUGGAGGGUGGGGACUGUGGGCCUUGUGGAGUGACUGUAGUGCAAUAUGUGGAUCUGGACAGAGACAGAGAAACAGAACAUGUGAUAAUCCGCCGCCGUCACCUGGCGGUAAAACAUGCGAUGGGAAUGUUGAGGAAACAGAGAUGUGUCAUGCAGAAUGUUAUGAUGCAUGUUUGUCUAAUCCAUGCGGUACCGAACACAGUUGUACAACCAAUGGUACAGGGUAUAAAUGCAGUUGUGAAGACAGUUACACUGGUUCCCGCUGCACUAUACCGCCUGACAAUUGUCUUCCGAACCCCUGUGAAAACUCUGCAGAAUGUGUCAGCGCAGCAGACGGGUUCACCUGUACGUGUGUUGAUGGCUACAGUGGUACUACUUGUGGAAUUGAACCAGACGAGAGUGUAUGGGGAGCCUGGUCGGGUUGGGACUCCUGCAGUGCAACCUGUGGUGGAGGAAAACAGGCACGCCAACGAGAAUGUACACUGGGAACUAAAGGAGAAAACUGUGCUGGAAACCAAAAGGAAGAGAGGGAGUGUGGAGAAAAUUCAUGCCCAUCUUGUCCCUCGUUAAGUAGGCGUUAUGGUAUGAUAAAAAGUUGUAACAGUAGUGAAGAUGUUAUUACAUGUACAAUGAAAUGUCUUCCGGGAUAUUACCCGCCGAACAGUACAUACAGCGCAGACACUUGGGCAAUUGUCUAUCAAUGCGGACCGUUCUCUAGCUACCAGUGGAAUCUAACCGACGAAAAGCCGUCCUGUUCCAAAGGGUCAGGCCGACCCUCAUUUCUUAAUGCACGAGCAACAUUGCCAGUUUCUCCGGCAUUCUCUUGUGGCAAGGCUUUCCAAAUUGAAGAUCGUAUGAGUAGUAUUGUGUCUGGCAAUGUAUGUAGAGGCGGAACAAGCUGUCGAAAGUCGGUGUCUGUGACUAAGUGCCGCAACAGAAAAAGGCGCCAAACUGAUACAGACGAGAGCGAGAUUACGUUCACGUUUACGUUUGACUUCGGAAACGAUACAGAGACUGGUAAUAGCACUGAUAUGGAUGUAUACUGGGACACUGUGGAAGAAGAAUUAUCACCUAUUACAACAAACGGGAGAGACUGGUUGUCAGUGGAGAUAGAUGGUGUUACAUAUGUUGCUGAUUCAAGCAACGUUUCCAAAGAAGCAAGUGUUGAGUGUAGCAAUGGGUAUUUUCUGCAAGACGAGUAUGACAUCUGUGUUGGCUGUUCCCCGGGAACGAUGUACCACUCUGGACUCGGUUACUGUGUAUCAUGUCCGUUAGGAACGUAUCAAGAACUGGCAGCACAGUACGCCUGUGUAAGCUGUCCUGAUGGAUACACCACAAAUAUCACUGGCAGCUACGACCAGAACGACUGCUACUAUUCAGAAGUGGACGAAGCUAAGAAAGAUGACAACAGUGUUAUCAUUGGUGCAGCUGUAGGAUUAUGUGCCGCUGUUCUCGUUGCUGCAGUAAUUGCAGCAGUAGCUUUCAAGGCAUCAAGAGCUCAUACGAGGAACAAAAUCAAAAUGUCAAGGGAAGAUCUGAAUGAUGGAGACGGUGAACAAAAAGACAGAAGACCGAUGACGUCACGCAGUAUUGUCAGUACAUCACAUAUACCUAUGCAUAUAGAAGAUCUCGAUUAAACAAAUUAAGCGAAAUUACUAGAUAUAUUAAUAAAUUGUUGUUUAUUCCUAUUGAGAUUUUUAUGUGACCAAUGUUACACAGACUUUUACCUCAGAAUAGAUUUUAAAACCGCAUUUAACAGUUUACAUACCCGAACUGCGUUGGGAAUUUUAGAUUUGUUAAUUGUGAUUUUACAUAUAUCUGUGAUAUACAACUGUUACAUAUUUGCUGAAAGUUUUUCUCAGUUACGCCAAUAUUUGCUUGAAGUCUAUGUUCCGUUGUACAAAUAAAACAGCUCUUUCAUGUGAAAAUUAUUGAAUGUAUUGUAUCUCUUAGUAUAAAUUUAAGGUAGUUCUGUACGUUCGGUAAAUCGGAAGUAUUGGCGUAACGCCGUCAUUUAUCCGGAUACCGUACAAUAAAGCCCACACCCGGUACCAUACAGAAAUGAAAAUGUACAUAAAUUAAUGGCAACCGAUUAGUAAAUCUAUUUAAACAGCAAUGUUGCUAUUUUUAUUGAGUUAAAAUAUGAUUCCAAAAGAUUUGACACGUAAAAUAAUCCCAAAUAAUGUCUAAAAGUCAGUGUGUAAUAUGGAGAUGUCUUUAACCAAGGGCAAAUAUUUCAAAAACAAACACGCGGACCAAUAUUAUUUAUUUAACCAUGUUAUAGACCGUGUGUUUAUUUGCGGAUGUGAGAAAUUUGAUUAAAAUACAGUCGAAUACCGUUACCUCGAUAUUCAAGGGACUGUAAAAACAGCAUCGACGUAUCCGAAGUUCGACGUAACGAUAUCGACUGUCUGGGACUACCUUGUACUUGUGUCGUACGUCUAUAUUGUCAUUAUAUACAAUGCGUUUUUCAGAGGGUUUGAAAGGGGAAAUAAAUGAUAUAAAACGUAAAUACGAUUUAAUUUUGUUAACAAAUAAAACAUAAUAAUUAAAUAGUACAUACAUGUACAUACAUACAACUUUUUAAUUAUUCAAACUAUACGUGUAAACAUUAGCAUUUUUAUUCCUUCGCUAAACAAGUCUAAAUGCAGCGGUAAUUUCCUAGUUGAGUAGUCAUUUUGACUGUGUUUCGAUAACGAAAAUUUGCCUGUUAAAUACGCAUAUUGUUACUCAAUCCUAAAUGGCAGAAUUUUACUCCGUCAAACAGAAAAAAUAUUUCAUCCAAAUUAGUUGUUAUAUUGGAAAACAGCUUGCUUGCUUACACGCUAUUUUAUAAGACUAGUUAUUUGGAAUUAAAUGCAAACUUUAUGGCAUUUAAAUUGGAUUAAAGAUUAAAUAUCAAACAAAAUAAACACACAAACUAGCUUGAUUAUGAUUAAUACAUCGCCGAACAACAAUAGGUUGAUUUUCACACCUUACAAAUAACAUGGAUAUUGUUUGACAAGCUGUAAUAUCGACGAAACCAGGUGUAAAAGCAGUACAGGUAAGGUGACGGGACUGAAAAAUCUCAUCGAGCUAAACAUAAUAUCGAGCUAACCAUAUCGAGGUAAUGAUACAUAAUUACAUUAAAAUAUAAAGGGAAAAAUCGGGACCGACUAAAACACAUCGUGCUAACCGGAGUAUCGAGCAAACCGAUAUCGAGGUAACGAUAUUCAACUGUAAUUGUAAAAAGAAUACUAUUGGACAAAAUGUUAUCCAAAUUGUGAUUUACCCACAAACAUCCAUUAUGAAAACUCGUACGAUAUCCAAAUUUUUCAAAUCAGUUUAGCAAAAUUUCAAACACACGACCUUAUCUUUUAUAUUUGCCGAAUUUUCUAAGCAUAUACUGAAGUUUAAAGAAAUCAAGGUUAAAUCAAAUUCUACAAUGUAGAAUUUUUUGGACCCGAACGUGCAGAACUACCUUAAGUAAUUACAAAACAUAUUACGAAAAUACAUGUUAGCUGUGUCCAGAAAUUUGUUUAACUUAUAUCUAUUAACCUAUAAACAUAUACAUUUGUAUGAUGUUUAUCUACAGCACAAUAAUUGUCAUUUGUUUUUAAAACCAUUUCUUAAGGCGUGUUUUUAACGCGUAUUUUCAAAUUCCUGUAUCUCAAAGUAAUUUGGUUAGAUUAUGAAAGGUUAUUGUCCUCGGAGGAAAAUAGGGGGACACAGAAAUAGGCUGAGUCCUUCCGUCCUUCACACUUGAAAUAACUACCACAAUGAGACGGUGUGUCAUGAGCAAGACCCCGAUUCCUAACUUUAAGGUCAAGGUCACACUUAGAGGUCAAAGGUUAACAGGGUCUUUUCCGUGUCAGGUCCAUAACUCUGCCAUGCGGCCGGUCCGUCCGGCGUCCGUCCAUCGUCCGUACCUACUUUCCUGUAAACAACAUCUGCUCUUUAACCACUAGGCCAAUUUUGAUGAAACUUCAUAGGGAUGUUCCUUGAAUGCUCUUCUUUAAAUAUUUCAAAAAAUUGAAUUUCUUACUGAACUCUGCCUCGGCCAAAACCACAGGUCCUAGGGCUUUGAUAUUUGGUAUGUAGCAUCAUCUAGUGGCCAACUAACAAGAUUGUUCAGAAUAUCCCCUUAGGGUCAAAUAUGACCCUCCCUAGGGGUCACAUGGUUUAUAUAGAUAUAGGUUAAACUUUGAAAAUCUUCUUGUCCAAAACCACAUGGCCUAUAGCUUUGAUAUUUGGUAUGUAGCAUCAUCUAGUUGUCCUCUACCAAAAUUAUUCAAAUUAUUUCCCUAGGGUUAAAUAUGGUCCCGCCCCGGGGUUCACAUCGUUUAUAUAGACAUUUAUAAGGAAAAACUUUGAAAAUCUUCUUGUCCAAAACCACAUGGCCUAGGGCUUUGAUAUUUGUUAUGUAGCAUUACAUAGUAGGCCUCGACCAAAAGUGUUCAAAUAAUAUCACUAGGGUCAAGUCUGGCCCCGCCACGGGGGUCACAUGGUCUAUAAAGACUUACAUGGGGAAAAACUUUGAAAACCUUCUUGUUCAAAACCACAGGGCUUAUGGCUUUGAUAUUUGGUAUGUAGUAUCAUCGUGUAGUCCUCUACCAAGAUCGUUCAAAUUAUCUCUCUAGGGUAAAAUAUAGCUUCGCCCCUGGGUUCACAUGGUUUAUAUUAACAUUUAUGGGGAAAAACUUUGAAAAUCUUCUUGUACAAAACCACAUGGCCUAGUAAUGAUAGGGGAAAAACUUUGAAAAUCUUCUUGUACAAAACCACAUGGCCUAGUAAUAAUAGUCUUUUGGUUAAUAAGAACAUUCACUUUACAAAUAACGUUUACAUAGAUCACAAGUUUUUAACAACUUUUAUAGUUAUUUCAUAUUUUCUUGAUAUGUGGACAAUUUGGCAUUUCAUUUUUUUAUAGUAAUUGAAUUACGUUUUUGUUACCAACGUUACCUCAGUUUAAAGUAUGUAUUUAUUGGUUGAUUUUUCUUGUUGUAGUUAUGCAGUCAGAUUCUCGUAUUAUUUAGGGAUAUUGUUAUGAAGUAACGUUUAUAAAAUAAAUUUUACAGCUCAUA